AUGGACGACGCCCAGUUUCGGAUCUGGAAGACUCAGCUGGUGCCUCUGAUCUACGACUGGUUUUCAAACCACAACCUGGCAUGGCCGACGCAGGCAUGCAGGUGGGGCCCCAAGUUGGAGAGCCACACCUACAAGGACCGCUAUCGCAUCUACCUGUCAGAGCAAACCGAUGCCAAAGCUCACAAGGAGCCCCCCAAGCUGCUAGUGGUGGAUGCUGACCUGUGCAAGCCGCGAGUCGCGUCCACCGAGGUGGUCGCCACGUGGACCGACUUUUCCAAGUGCCCUUACGUGCGGGAUGUGAAGACUGUCAUCCACCCUGGAGAGGUCAACAAGAUCAGGGAGCUGCCGCAGCACCCAGAGGUGCUCAUCACGCACACUGACGCCCCGGAGCUCUACGUCUGGAACAUAGACAAGCAGCCCAACCGGAUACGCGGCCCGGACAAGAAAUGGCCGGGCGCGUCGGUGGCGGAGGCCGUGCUGACGGGCCACGUGACGCCCGCCAACGAGUCGCUCUUCGCGCUCGCCACCAGCCAGUGA